CACCAAGAAAGAGAAAGUGAAAAGCCUCUGACUAGACUGCCGCGUUAAUCGGUUUGUUUGAUAGAAACGCAGUAUUUUUAGCAUCUAUUGUUACCCAGCAAUAACAGAUUUCCUUCAGUAUUAUCGACAUGGAUCUCUAAGAUUUCGACUGUACUGAAGAUGUACCUUGAACUAUAGGAUGGGCUUUGUUUGAUAAACAUGGGUCAAAAUAAUGUACGUUUCCUCAAGUUACUGGGAAAAGGAAGCUAUGGAGAGGUCUAUAAAGCGAAAUGGGAUGGAAAUCUGGUAGCAGCAAAGCGUAUUCACCCACUUCUUGUCCAACUAGACUCUCCAACAAAUGAAAAUGGCGUAGUUGCAAAAUUCGUCCAAGAAUGUGAACUGCUUUGCCGUUUGAAACACGAUAAUAUUAUAAGCUUGAUUGCUAUUGUCACAGAUAAUGACAAGCCCCCCAUUUUAAUCACAGAGCUUUUGGACUGUGAUUUGGACAGCUAUUUUAAAGAAAAGAAUUCAGAGCUAUUGCUCGAAGAACUGGUCACCAUUAUGUUGGAUGUUGCCAAAGGACUAGAAUACUUACAUGAUCAAGAUGACCCAAUAAUUCAUCGAGACAUCUGCCCAAAAAACAUUUUACUCGAUCGAAGUAGACCGGGUAUUAUCAAAGCAAAAAUUGCUGAUGUUGGGCUAGCAAAAAUUCUAGGAGAAUGCAAUAGAGAGCUUUCUCCUGUGCCAGGAACACAAGCUUACAUGGCUCCUGAAACCUUUGGAACUAUGCAUAUUAAUGGCUGCUGGGGCAAAGGUCUUUCAUACGGCACUGAAAUCGAUGUGUUUUCGUUUGGAAUGACUCUUCUGGAAGGCAUUCUUGGUAAUUUACCUUGUCCCAGAGAAAACCCUCUUGCUGGAGAAAAUUCAAUCCACACCCUUUUAUAUCAAGAUCUACAAGCCAUUCCAUGUAAUAAUCCAUUACGAAAGCUUGUAUACGAUUGUUUGGAAGAUGAUCCAAAACUGAGACCAUCUGCUGCUAUGAUUGUAAAAAUUCUCAGCCUCCCUACCCUUCUAACAGAAAUUGUGAGAUUUGACUUCCAAAGUGUCAAGACAAAAGUUAGUGGUGACUUUGACCGAUGGAUUCCUGUGCGAAGACGAACAAUACGAGAGUUGGAAGACAUGAAAUUGGAAGACAUGACAUCUGACCUUGAUGAUAUUCAUCGUAAGGUGAAUAUAGCAACAGCAGCUGGUGCAUCCACUUCUGUUGUGGCUACUGGCCUUGUUGUUGGGGGAUUCAUCAGCUCUUUCUUCACAUUCGGUGCUACCAUUCCUAUCAUGGUGGCUGGUGGGGCAGUAGCUGCUGCAGGCGGUCUGACAACAUUUGGUGCCAAACUAUCUGAGAUCUUCUUAUCACGAAUUAAUGUCAAGAAAGUUGAAGACACAAUUGCUGAAGACAAAGAAGAAAGUGAACAACUGAGAAAGAGUUUAGAACUCUUCGAUUCCUUGAUUUCAAAAAAUGUGCAGAGGAUCUUUGAUACUGACAAGAGUCUGAGUGAUACUGAUAACCAGCUUGGUGAUGGCAUCAAUAAUGUCAUGGAACAUUUCCAGCAAAUUACAGGUGUCAAAAUCAUGGAAACAGAACAACUUGAUCCAUUAAAGAGUAGUGCAAGAGCUGUAGGUGCUGUCCUAUCAGUAACAUCAACUGGUGUAACUGCAUCUACUGCAGGAGCACGUAUUGGAACAGCUGUAUUUGAUACUUUGUCAGUUGCAAGUAGAGCUACCCAUGUUGCUGGUUUUGUGGCAAGUGUUCUUACUCUACCUAUUGAUGCCUAUUUCCUUGUAAAGUCUGUGCGAGAGCUUAGGAAUGAAUCACCAUCUGAAAUAGCUGACAAGAUUCGUGCAAUCCAAAGUAAGAUGGUAUGUCCACAAGAAGGAGAUAUCCCCUCACUUAUGGAAGCUUAUGUACAGUCAAAGGUGGCAGAAUCGGCUAAAGAACAGUUCAAAGCAUUAAAGGAACAAUGUGAAAACUUUGAUAUGAUUCACGACUUGGAAGGACUUCUUGUGGAGCAUGAUCAACUUGGUGGCCAACUCAGCUUUGAGGGUGACGAAGGUUAAACCAGCGUAUGACUGCAGAUAAAUACACAAGGGUAUCUUUUAACUUUGUAAUCCUGGAUUCUUACCCACUUAGUUUGUAGAAGAUAUUAUGCAUCUACUCACACACAUAGGCUUUUAUCUUGACUACCUAGAUUGCCACUAUCAUUUUAUAGUGUUUUAUUGUAUUAUAUUUGUAGGUAGUUUUUGACGACUCCUUUCUCGUUCUUGGGAAAAUUUUAUUUGAUUAUUGGUAGUGCAUUCUGUAUAAUUCUUAUGUAAUAUAGUUGAAUUGAAUUCAAAAAAUGAUAUUUUAUUGUACGUUCUUUAAAAAAGAAAAUGUAUAUUUACACUGUACAAGGUAAUAAGGGUGGGUUUCAAUCGUUAAACAAACUAGCUUAUGUUAGUCUAAAAUCCAUUGUUAGCUCAAUUUGUUGCAAUAACAAUUAUACAUUUUAAAAGUGAUAUUGAGUUCAUUCUAAAUGAAAAUAAAAAGGGGCAACAAAACUCA